AACCUCGAUAUAACUUCAACAAACAAAAAAGAGACGACGGUUUUAACAAAUUUCAUAACUAAUUCUAGCUAGAAUGAUGAAUUUACGGUGAUAGCAACUGCCAGGUCAAUAUGGCGGACCAAGCAGAUGGUCCCGCACGAGGGCACUCACCGGGCCCCGCUGAUCUCAAUGAUGGACAUGUUCAUUUCGACGAUGAAAGCAUAGUUACCUCUACCAUCUCACAAUCAACCUCUGCAAUGACCUCUCCCUUGACUUCAGAAUUUAGAGACGCAGAAAGGAGUGAACAAGAUGUACCACGAUUACCAACUCUGUCAUAUAGCUUAACGCACAGCGAGGAGGGCUCAAGAAGGGAUUCAAUCGGUGGCUAUGGCACAGAUGAAGACACUUCAGUCUGCAAACCCUUUUUGAGAACUUUGAGUCCAAACUCUGACCUGAAAAGAAAUAAAGGAGCGGGAUACGAGAAGGUGGGAGACUUGGGUGUUUGCACAAUGCAGAAGUUCUCGUUGUAUGAGACAGCUACCAGGUAUUAUGUUGUAGGAGCGGACAUUCUCGACUCUCGAUUUCGAAUUCUGAAGAUCGAUCGUACCGCAGAGAUAGGGACUUUGAAUAUCACUGAAGAUGAGAUCGUUUACACAAAGAAGGAAAUGACCCAGUUACUUAAUGCUAUUGAUGAUGGCAACAAGAUUUCGGGAGGUAUGAAACUGAAGAGUGCUGUUUGGGGUAUACUUGGAUUUAUCCGAUUCACCGGUUGCUAUUAUAUGCAUAUGAUCACCAAAAGGAACCAAACUGCUAUGGUCGGUGGCCAUUUCGUAUACACUAUCGAGGCUACAGAGCUUAUACCACUGACUACGUCCACUAACUCUAGGUUCAAGUCAUCAGAUACUCGUAAUACCGAGGAGUCCAGGUUUCUAAGUAUUUUAAACGGACUUGACUUGAACAAGUCUUUCUAUUUCAGUUACUCCUAUGAUAUCACGAGGACUUUGCAACACAAUAUUAUGACAGAGCGAGCUGCUCUAGCUGCAGGAAAACCCUCUCCUCAUCCCAAAGAUUACAAUUCUAUGUUCGUUUGGAACAGCCACCUACUCAAGCCUGCAGAAAAUGUCUUGAAGAAUACUUAUGACUGGUGUGUACCUGUCAUCCACGGAUACCUUGCACAAGCAGCUUUACCAGUAUGGGGACGGAUUGUUUACAUCACUAUUAUUGCAAGACGUUCAAGAUACUUUGCUGGUGCUCGGUUUCUGAAACGUGGUGCUAAUGAUAUGGUAUUGUGGCCCAAUUUAUUUUCUUCGAACAAUGUGCUGAUCCUUACAGGGAUAUGUUGCAAAUGAUGUCGAGACUGAGCAGAUUGUCUCGGAGAACACGACGACUUCAUUACAUGCUCCUGGGCCGAAGCUUUAUGCUAGUCCCAAUUACACUUCUUAUGUGCAGCAUCGCGGAAGUAUCCCACUGCACUGGACUCAGGAUAACAACGGUGUGACACCCAAACCUCCUAUUGAGCUGAAUCUGGUCGAUCCAUUCUACAGUGCAGCUGCGCUACAUUUUGAUAACCUGUUUGAAAGAUAUGGAGCUCCUGUCUUUGUAUUGAAUCUGGUGAAAUCUAAAGAAAGGACUCCGAGGGAGUCAAAGCUAUUAUAUGAAUUCACAGAUGCAAUCAACUACUUAAACCAGUUCCUUCCGGCAGACAAGAAGAUUAUUCACAAACCAUGGGAUAUGAGUCGAGCUUCGAAGAGUCGAGACCAGGAUGUGAUUGGUACGCUUGAGAGUAUGGGUAAUGAAGUUGUCACUCGCACUGGGAUUUUCCACAAUGGAGACGGUAAAACAACAAUACCAACGGUGCAAAACGGCGUUGCUAGGACGAAUUGUAUCGAUUGCUUGGACCGAACUAAUGCAGCUCAAUUCGUCAUCGGCAAAAGAGCUCUUGGUCAUCAACUCCAUGCUCUAGGCGUUAUUAGUGAACCUUCAAUCAACUAUGACACUGAUGCAAUCAAUCUCUUUACAUCCAUGUAUCACGGACACGGUGACACUAUUGCAAUCCAAUAUGGAGGCUCACAGCUAGUUAACACUAUGGAAACUUAUCGAAAGAUUAAUCAAUGGACUAGUCAAUCUCGAGAUAUGGUAGAAAGUUUCCGAAGAUACUAUAAUAACUCUUUUCUUGAUGGUCAAAGACAGGAGGCCUACAAUCUUUUCCUCGGCAAUUAUGUCUACGAACAAGGACAGCCUAUGCUAUGGGAUUUAACAACUGACUAUCAUCUUCAUCACACCGAUCCACGUGUUUGGUCCCCGCGUACUCGCCGAAGUUAUAUAAACUGGUAUACACCCUCCUUUCUUGAAAAGAAAACUCUACCGCCAUAUUCUGAUCCACAAGGCGCCCUGGCGAACAAACCGCUCAACUAUUUUGAUGACUAUUGGAUCGAAUAUUAUAAACCGCUCUCCAUUUCUUCUAUUGUUAAAAUCUUCACCUACCCAGGCAAAAUGUCCUCCACCGCCCGCCUUUUGCCCCGCACCCAGCAUCGUGACGAGUCCCGGAUUGGUUACGACCCUUCACCAUUUAAAGUUCGCGCUGAUGCUACUGCGCAUGUAGAAGAACAGCCUAUUCAGCAUGUAUCACCGAAUACAAAGGGCAAGAAGAAAGAAGUUUCUUUUCCGGAAAGUAAGGAAGUAAUCGCUGAGGAUGAGGUGCCGGAUGAUUCAUCGAUAAAAUCUGGUGCUACAGGUGCUAUGAGUACGAAACGUAUCAGUCUUCAAAAAUGGCUUCAGCCGAUUCACGAGUCUCAUCCUCUUUCUGACAAUGAACCAUAUCAUACACCAACAUCGCAAAAUUAUCAUCAAAAUCCUCCCAAUAUUAUGAAAGAGACAUCCUCUCAUUCGCAAUCGCACUCGACCGAAGACUCGUUUCAUAAUUACAGUUCUGCUUUGAAUAACAGCUCUUCAAAUAUCAACUUGAGCAGGAAUAUAGGGGGAUUAGACAAGAAAAAGAUGACACCAUUAGAUAAAACUAAGGCUGCUCAAUGGACAUUCACUCAGGUCGUCAGCGAUUCCCUCAACCCAAGCGUUAAUCUAGGCGAAGAAGAAGAUUACGAGCGCUACGUCGAGUAUCCCCAACUACUAUCACUAGUUGUAGGAGAUGACGACCAUGACAUCGAAGGAGUAGAAGAAUAUGAGGAGUGGGUCAGAGGUGUGGGCUGGGAUAGUGGUUCUGGACAAGGAGGAUAUAACGGUGGAAUCAAUGGAGGUUGGGGUAGGGAAGAAGACCAUGAGGAGAUUGAGGAGUAUAGGAGCUUUUUGAGGGUGGCGGAAAAUCCAUUGACGGUGCUCGAAGAGGACGGACAGAAGAAGAGGUACAAGGCUUAUAGGAAGUGGCUGGCCGGGAAGAGUUUGUUCAAGCAACAGCCUAUUGAUUAAGGCGUGGAUGAUUUGGGGUAAGGAAUUUUUGGUUAGCGUGGUGUUGGAGGAGUAUCUAGCGACGGGAGUUAUCUUGGAGUACUGUUAUAUUAGAUACCAAUUCAUUCAUUUCUCA